AUGCCGGGCUCAUCCCUCCCGCACCUCGGUGGCGAGGUGCCGGACAUCCCCGUCCCGGUGCCGGACGAGGUCGCGCGGCUUGCUUUCGAAGUGGCGAGCUCCGGUGCGUCUCCGCUGCCCACGACGCCAGCACGCAGCAGCAGCGCAAGCACGUUGGCGCAACUGCGGCACAUGCACAUGCGCAUGCACAUCAGCAUGCACAUGUGCAUAAACCACAAUCUGGUGCUCAAAGAGCGCGCCACGGCCGCACUCUCCAAGAGAUGGUCAAGCUGCUGCGGCGUCAUCCGGCACUAUGGCAACUCCGCGACUCCGAACACCGGCAGCCUCUCCACGAAGGAGCCAACCUCCACGUCCGCGACCGUGAGCAGUGGACUCCUCUUCACUAUGCCUGUCAUGGCACGUAAAACGCACGCACGCGCGAACGCAGCCGUCGGCACUGCCAAGUGGCUGCUACAGGCGGGCGCCGCAGUCGGAGCGGAGGCGGCGCUGAGCUGGCAGCCACUGCACUGUGCGAUCGAUGCUGGCCACGCUGCUCUCGUGCGCUUCGUGCACGCACGCGGCGCCAGCCUUGAGGCGAUGACUUCAACUGGCCACGGCGCGUUUUGCCAAGCUAGCGUGCUUCACAUCGCUGCCAGCCGGGGCCAUCUCGAGCUGCUUCAGUGGCUCCUCGCCUCUGCGGGCGGGCCGCAGUGGCUGGCCUAUGCCGCACCAGAGGGCGGUUGGGACCCUCUCCUCGUCGCCGCGCAUGCUGGCCAGCUCGACGCCGUCCGUUGGCUCUUGCAGCAGCGGCGCGAAACUGGCGACGGCGCUGAGAGUGUUGGCCCAGGAGGCGGUGGCCGGUUGGACGACGUCCGCGCUUUCAAGCAGGCCCUAGCUAUCGUCCCUCCGGCCGCCGCCCCCGGUGGCGGCCGGUUAAACGACGUCCGCGCCUUCAAGCACGCCCUAGCUAUCAUCCCUCCGGCCGCUGCCCCCGGCUUGGCCGCGCCGCCGAGCCGCCACUCGCCUCGUCCGACCUCUACGCCGCGACUUCCUUCGCCCGAUCGUACCCGUGGCUUACUGCCCCACUCGCCGGUGGGUGCCAACGUUGGCCAGACGUUCAUGAUGGCGCUCAGGCAGGCGCUGGGCCCCCGCACCGACCCGCUCUCGGCGCGGCGGCUGCCCGUCAGCUCGGCAGAGGGCGCGGCAGUGCGGCUCCAAAGCGCGUGGCGGCGCGUGCUUGCGCGGCGCGCCUCGCUCGCCAAGCAAAAGCUGAUGGCUCUCGUGGUGAGGGCCGAGGACCGGCAGGCGCGUCGCAUCCAGGCGGCGUGGCGCGCACGCAUGGCGGCGCGCAUUGCGGCGCUCGAGCGGCGCCGGGAGGCGGCCCGAGAACGACGGCUCUACGCAGGCAGCGCUGAGCUGGCUGAGAUCCUGCGCGCGCAGGGUGCGCGGCAGGUGCGCGACGCCCUCGACCGGCAGCACCUCGCGACGUCGCUGCGUGGCGAGCUGCGCGCGCUGAUGGAGAAGGGUCGCGUGUACCCGCUCAAAGACGGUGGGGAGCUCGUGGCGUGGGGCGUGAGAUACCUCUACAUCGGCCUGCGGGCCGGCCAGCCGGGUCUCUGCUAUCAGCACGUCAAUCGAAGAUACGUCCCGUUCGGCAAGGUGAAGAGCAUCCCUUGGGAGGCCAUCGCCACGGUCGACGCAACCGACGAGGUGGUCUGCAUCGAGACGGUGCAAGCGGCGCGUUACCACUUCCGGCCGAUGCCAUCGAAGGAUGGGCUGCCAUCGGCGCGCGAGUGGGCGCUACGCUUUUGCCAGCUCGCAGACAUCCUCGGCCACCGCUAUGGCGGCGCGGUCGGCGAGGUGGCUUCCGCCGCAGAGCUUCCGCACCACGAGCCAUGGGUGGCCGCCCUCGAGGGAGAGAGCCCCACGCCUUCGGAGCGGUCGAGCCGCUGGCGGCGCUCGCGGCUACGGGGACGCGGCCAGGCGCGCGCCUCCAAGGCGCGGAUUGGGGGGGCGGGGAGGGUGGCGCUGCUUGCGGGGCAGGACGGGCCGAGGUGCGAUCCGCCGGCGGUCGUGCACCGCAUAUGA